CAUUUUACGUUAGGGGGAAGAUGUAGAAAAAAGGCCGGAAAGGAUGUCGUUAUUUUCGUAAAACUUGACUUCGACCCGUUUUAAGCACUGUUUUGAUGUGUCUCGAGAAAAUGAUGUAGAAAUAUUAGAUACUGAUUUUGAUAUUUGGGAUGAUACAUAAGGUUUUUAAGUCGUGUCAUAUAUUUGAACAUUUUGGUUAUUCGAAUGGUUGUCUUGGCACGUUGUGAAAGUUUGCGAGAUCCACCAGUGUCUGAACUACUGCCGCUCAUGCGGGCUGCAUCAAUGUCACCAAAAGGACCAAAGUGGUCUCUGGAGGGCUCCGCUGACAGCGACGGGGAAUGGGGUCCGUCACAGAGUGUGAGGAAGUCUCAGAGGCCGAGGAACUGCACUCCCAUAGACAGUGGCUCUGAGAGCGACUUUCGGCCAGUUGUGAAGGAGGAGAUAAAGAUUGAAGUCACUUCACCAAGGGUUGAGCGGCCGUCGUCUCCCUCGGUGUCGGACGACGAUCCUUUCUCGGACCGCGCUCUGCAUUCUUUAGUGAAGGAGGAAAAGUACCGACCUCGAUCACCGUCACCGUCUGAGGACUUCAUCGGGUUCACUGAGGUGGACCGGGACAGUGCCUGUUUCAUCUCCAAUGCAAAAAGGAGUCUGUUACUUGGUUGUUCGUCUGCCAUUCGAGACUCUACUGAAGUUUUUGCUGAAGGAGUGUUCAUCAAGAGUCAACGUCUCGUCAUCAACUACCGUGAUGUGGACGGUCUCGAUGAUAGUAACAUAUUUUGUGACGUGUGCUGCCGCGAUUGGGACGGUGAAUGUCCCGUCCAUGGACCGCUAAAGAUCAUACACGAUACCAAGGCACGACCCGGUAUCGGAGAUGUCGACAGGGACGUCAAGACCCUGCCGCCUUCUCUCAGCUCUGGUCAGUCGACAAAUCCAGCGUCUGGCACCGGAGUUUUGGCGGAGAAGGACAUACCUGCGCGCCAAAGACUCGGUCCUUACGAGGGCACCUUGACCACCGAGCAGGGUCAGGCCCGAAGUCGAACAACCGGGUACAGAUGGCAGAUCAAGAAGGGUAAGCGCGUGCAUCACUCGGUGAAUGCCGAAGACCCGAGCUGCAGCAACUGGCUCAGAAGGGUCAACUGUGCCCGCUCGGAGGAAGAACAAAACCUAGUGGCCUUCCAGUACCGGGGCCAGGUAUACUUCAGGACGUCAAAGGCCAUUCCGCGGGGCUCUGAGCUGCUGGUGUACUACGGAGACGACUCGGCCCGGGAACUGACCGUCCACUCGGAGACAUCUGGGGAGUCUGUGACUUCCUCUCCGGCCGGACCUUCAUCUUCAGGUAUCAGUGGCUCGGUCCAGUGUCCCCACUGCGGCUUCCGAUGUCUGGGACAACAACAUCUGGACGAACACGUGAAGAAAAGUCACAGUCGCAUCGGGAAGAACGGGAGAUUCAAGUGCGAGCAGUGUCAAUACUCGACCGACAGGUCCACAAACAUGAAACACCACCAAAGGACUCACGCUGGGGAACGGCCGUACCGCUGCUCUAUCUGCAGGGCCCGGUUCACUGAACGGGGAAAUCUCAUCAAACACAUGCGUACCCACACGGGGGAGCGGCCGUACGGCUGCUCACACUGCCAGGCCCGGUUCGCUCAACGGGCACACCUCACUACACACAUGCGGACCCACACGGGGGAGCGGCCGUACGGCUGCUCACACUGCGAGGCCCGGUUCGCUGAACGGGGAAAUCUCAUCAAACACGUGCGUUCCCACACGGGGGAGCGGCCGUACGGCUGCUCACACUGCCAGGCCCGGUUCGCUAACCGGUCUCACCUCACUACACACAUGCGGACUCACACUGGGGAGAGGCCGUACGGCUGCUCUAUAUGCACUGCACGGUUCAUUGAUCGAUCACACCUCACCAGACACAUGAUGACUCACACUGGGGAGCGACCGUUCGGCUGCUCCAUCUGUACUGCACGGUUCACUCAACGGUCAAGCCUAAACAAUCACAUGCGGUCCCACACGGGGGAGCGGCCGUACAGUUGCUCCCGGUGUCAGGCCCGGUUCGCUGAACGGGGACACCUCAAGGCACACAUGAGGACCCACACGGGGGAGCGGCCGCACGGCUGCUCCAUCUGUACUGCACGGUUCACUCGACGGUCAAGCCUAAACAAUCACAUGCGGUCCCACACGGGGGAGCGACCGUACAGUUGCUCCCGGUGUCAGGCCCGAUUCGCUGAACGGGGACACCUCAAGGCACACAUGAGGACCCACACGGGGGAGCGGCCGCACGGCUGCUCCAUCUGUACUGCACGGUUCACUCGACGGUCAAGCCUUAACAAUCACAUGCGGUCCCACACGGGGGAGCGGCCGUACAGUUGCUCCCGGUGUCAGGCCCGGUUCGCUGAACGGGGAAAUCUCAUCAAACACAUGCGGACUCACACGGGGGAGCGGCCGUACGACUGCUCCAUCUGCAAGGCACGGUUCUCUGAGCGGUCAAACCUCAUCACACACUUGCGGACCCACACGGGAGAGCAGCCAUACGGCUGCUCCAUCUGCAUGGCACGGUUCGCUCGACGAGGGAAUCUCAUCAAACACAUGCGGACCCACACGGGGGAGCGGCCGUACGGCUGCUCCAUCUGUACUGCACGGUUCACUCAACGGUCAAGCCUAAACAAUCACAUGCGGUCCCACACGGGGGAGCGGCCGUACAGUUGCUCCCGGUGUCAGGCCCGGUUCGCUGAACGGGGACACCUCAAGGCACACAUGAGGACCCACACGGGGGAGCGGCCGCACGGCUGCUCCAUCUGUACUGCACGGUUCACUCGACGGUCAAGCCUAAACAAUCACAUGCGGUCCCACACGGGGGAGCGGCCGUACAGUUGCUCCCGGUGUCAGGCCCGGUUCGCUGAACGGGGAAAUCUCAUCAAACACAUGCGGACUCACACGGGGGAGCGGCCGUACGACUGCUCACACUGCCAGGCCCGAUUCACUCAACGGGCACACCUCACCAAACACAUGCGUACCCAUGCGAAGUGCAACCGCACUGCUGCCACUUCUGUCUAACGGUUCGGCAGUUUGACUCACAAAAGUCAGUUUUAAGUGGUACACAGUUUUGAGAAUUACACAGGUUUGAUGCGGUAAAUGCUUUGAUUAGCGAAAUUCAAUGCUGAAACGUGUUGACAAGUGCGUGGCCGGCCGCCGUUGUACGUUAGUUAUUGGUGUUAUAGAUGUGAUUCUCGUUUGUGAGCUUCGUGGCUACCAGUGUCAUAUCUGGUUUGUUUGUUCUUAUCCAGUGUGAUUCAGUGCUUGUGUUUUAAACUAGCCACCUUAACUCACUCCCCACGGGGGGGGCUAUACAUAGCCCACUCCCGUUUUUCUGCAAUAACCUCCAAAUUGCUUGACGUAUCGACGCUAAACUUUCAGUACAUUCGGCUGCAUCAAUUUAA